AUGUCUGCCUUCGCCCCUGACGACGGCGACACCCACGACUCCUUCAUCGAGGACCCCUCGACCUCACCUCCGCUCCCACAAUCCUCGUCCCUGCACUCCAUCCACGACCCAGACGCCUCGCACCGCCGCCCCAACAAUCCCCUGCUAGGCCCUGACAAUCUUGUCUCUGAUCUGGAGCAGGAGGUGCUGGAUGAGUAUACACGGCUGCUGGGGAAUGUGAACCAGGCUAACGCUAUCUCCCUUCAACAAAUCCAGCUCUCCGAUAAACUAGGUAUCCUCGCCGGCUCCCCUUCCUCCCUAACACUCGACGGUCUCCGCCUCCUCGAGCGCAAGACCGCCACCGUGUGCACUCUGCUCAAGGCGAGUGUGUAUAGCAUUGUUCUGGAGCAGCAGAUCUGGAAUGAGAAUGUGGAGCAACAGCAGCAACAGCAGGAGCAGCAGCGGGGAGGAGACCAUGAUCAUACGGAGUUUCAGGAUCAGGAGUAUCGGCAUGAUGGGGAUGGGGAUGUGUCGUUUCAGUGA